CGGGACGAGAAGCGGAGCUGCGGCCGCGCGGUGCCUCCCUGGCCCGAUUCGGCGGAGGCGGCGGGGACCGGCCGUUUGUAUUCCAAAGAGCUGCAAACAAAGAGGUUUAACAUGGAGAAGGGAGCUGCGCUGCGUCUCACGCUGAUCAUCGUGAUUCAGGUUCUGGCGUCCCAAUCCAUUGCAAACCCUGUGGAAUGCCGAGAAGGCGAAUACCUGGGCGAUCAUGGCGUAUGCAUCCCCUGCAAGGAGUGUGGCCCUGGAUUCGAACUUUCCAAGGAGUGUGGCUACGGGGAAGGGAGGGAGGCUGAGUGCACCCCAUGCCAGCCCAGGAGGUUCAAGGACAGCUGGGGACCGCAUGGCUGCAAGUCCUGUCUCUCCUGUGCACUGAUCAACCGGGCCCAAAAGUCCAACUGCAGCACCACCUCCGAUGCCACCUGUGGAGGCUGCUUCCCCGGCUUCUACAGUAAAACUCAAAUUGGUGGAUUCCAGGACCUUGAAUGUGUGCCCUGCACAAAGCAGACCCCACCCUCCGAACCACAGUGCCUUUCUAGAAUUGGCUUAGAAGAAAGUUCCACGGAACCUGCCCAAGAUCCGGCUCUGGUGGUGCUCACAAGUAGUGCCCUGGUACUCCUGGCGCUGAUCCUCCUGACAGUCGCCAUUCUCUACUGCCAGCAAUUCUGGAAGAGCCAGUGCCAACAUGUGUUUUUGAGAAGUCAGAAUGUCUCUGGUCAGAGAGUGACCUUUCGGACAUCUGCUGGGCCAACUGGUAUCCAUGAACUGCCGCCAGAUGCUUGCUCCUUGGACAUCAGGAACUUCAGGUCUCCCUACAGACCCCCAGAAGCCAUUGCUAUUCUUCACAUGGAUCUUGUGGCACUGGCAACAUUGGCCGAGCUAAAGAGACCCUGCCUUCCAGGUGGAUUCUGUGGCUGUCUUUUCUUUCAUACCAUCCAGCCUCAUCCUAAACUGAAAAGGUUCUCCCAUCUCCAUUGAUGGAUCCCGAAGGCUGGCACUGAGCCAGACGUCAAGGUUGCAAAAGUUUAUUGACUUCCAGGCCAGUUUUGGAAGAAAGCUCUGCAGAAGGUUUUGCAGAAACCUUCUGCAGUGGGUUGCAAAAUGCAAAAAGCAUUUUGAUGCUUUUUUUGCUUUAUGACUAAUUUAUUGGGACUUCAGGCCAUAAUGUCCAACUCUAGGAUGUUUUCUACUCAUCCAUGAGAACAGCCGAACAAGCCCAUCCAGGGUCUGCUGGGAGUCGAGUGGCUUCAGCUGAGCAAGACACUACCUUGUCUCUUAGAGUAAGAUCCUAAAAGAGAGAGCAAAAAGUGUUUACUUGAAGAUAGUGGGAGAAAGGAAAUCCAAGAGAGACCUGGACUAUCACGUGUCUACUUGAUUUCUCCAUGAAAGUCACCUUCUGAUCAGCUUCGCAAGAAGGCUGCAGAGUCAGAAGACAGCUUCUCAGCACUCCAGGUCUACCUCCUGGUUUCUCCCAUUUGGCUGCUUGAAGUGUGUAGUUCCAUCUCACGAUGGAGUCAUUGUACAAUACUUGAAAAUCCCGGAACUUAAGUGGGUUUCUUCAUUGAUUGUUAAAAAUGUGGUUUAUUUUCAGGGCAUGGAGGUAAGUUACAAUGAACCCUGAAAAAUUAUCUUACAUUGCUGUGGAUUUGAGGUGUUCUUUUUCCUCUGGACACUGAUAAUAAUUUCAACAUGGCUGUUUUCAAAGUAUGCCUUGAUCAUUCUGAGCUUCCGAGCUCUUCAGCAAAUAUAAAGGGAAGGGCUCUGGCCACAGUUGUUUAUUUCCUCUUUGAGCAGGUACUGUAGGUACUGCAUGAAAUUGAUUUUUUAAAUCACAAAAAUGGUAGCAGAAGAAGACUCAUUUUUUUAAAUCCAGAAGCUCUGAGUGUUAUGUAUUUUUUCAUUAUGCAUUUUUCAUUGGUUCUAGAGGAGUCAGAUCCUGCCUGCCUUACCUGUACUGGUAGUGAGGCUGUUCAUUCAGUGUUCCUUCCUUGCCUUUGCAUGGUAACAAGCCCUUCUGAAAUGCCUUCCUUCCUUCUCAGAUACAACUUUGUCGUAUCUGACAAUCCACCUUCAUGUGGUCAAUUCCAGAAUUCAGUUCCCUGUAUAAACAGAGGUAGUCCUCACUUAAUAACCCUAAUUCGAACUUACAAGUCUGCUGCUUGUACAAGACUGUUGCUGUGACCAGGACUGUGCUCACUGGCUGGGAAGGGACAAAAUUAUUCAGUUUCACACCUUUGAUUUUUGUAAACUUCCUAAGCACGCCUCCCUGGCACCGCCACCUUUGCAACACUCCAAUUCCUUCUUCCUCUCUUGUGCACAUUGAAAGCAAAGCCAUUGUGCUG